CGUCGGAGCAAUUGGAGACCAAGCAGAAUACACAAACAUUCUCUGGCACAAGUGCAUUGGCAAUAAGGUUUUCGACGGUGGCGCCGACUGAGAAUGUCGACGAAACCACUUGUCAAAGUUUGCACUUUAUAGAAAAAUUCUCCAAGUUAAAAUUGGAGCUCGAUACGAACGGACGUGUGUAGACGGCAAUUUGCGCGAUACAAUAUAAUUUUCUUUUCAACUCAAAUGUAUAUUAACCAAAUUUAAAAUUGAUGAAAAGCCAACAACGUUUAAAGAGUUAAAAAAAUACUACCUACCGCAACAGUAAGUUUGCCACUACGCAAUAUUUAAUUAAAAUUUCACUUUGAAAUACGUCAAAAAUUUGACAAUAAUAAAGUUCUCAACCGAAGUUGAAAUAGAAAAUUUCACAGCAAAAAGAAUUUUUGUAUAAAUUUGUGCAGAGAUUGCAUUAAUUGAACAUAAAAAAUUGAAAAAAAAAAUAAAAUUUUAACAAAAUUUAAGUGUAAAAGCCACAAAAUUGCCAAAUGAAGUGAGUAAUAUAAGCGUGUGUGUGAAAAGUGAGAAAAUUUAGUAAUUGAAAAGUGCAAAACACAAUUGUUGUAGUUCAAAACAUUGGGGAUACACGUAAACAGCAUCGAACAACAACAAAAAUAACAGUAUUGACUAUUACAAGCAACAAUACGCAAUAGAAGAAGUACGAAAUACGCGCGGCCCAUAAAAGCGGCGGUGGCUAAGAGGAAAAGGCAGCGGCAGCAAUUAGCAGUUGUGCAAUUUUCAUGCUUAGUGAUUGUUAUAAAAACAGCAAGGCUCUUCUGAAACGACAAUCUUCGAGGUGGUGCAGUGUUUAUAUUGAAAGUGACAAGUGAUUCGUGAAUAGUGUACAAAGCUAGUGAAUGUGUAGUGCAAUAAAAAAUCAUAUAAGAGAGCAAACAUAACCCUAUAAAUAUACGCAAAACUACCGGAACAGCCAGCAUAUUAGUAGAGGGCACGAAUAGCUCUUACCGCCAUAACUCCUGCUCCGUAGUAACAGCGCAACGGCAUCCCACGCCCAAAAUAACCGUUGCAGCCCAACCAGCUGCAAUCAAAAUACAAAUCGGCGUGUUAUAGCACCCAUCGUGCAACAAACACCACACGCGUCACCACCAAGUGGACGCGGUAUACGCCAUAACAAUUCCCAGUCGCAGGUCUGUCGCGCUGUCGUGCGUUCAGCGAGAACACCCGAAAAGCGUCACUCGACAAAUCAGUUGCUCAAACGCGAUCGCUAUUACUAUCAGGUCAAUCCGCAGACGCGUUGGUAUACCAUAUAUGAACGUGUGCCAUACUUCCGUUGGGAGCCACGUUUGAGCGGCGUCUACAACAGUCCCUACCCACACUACAUACAUCUGCCGCAACAGCAGGGCCAACAAGGCGAAGACAAGGAGCAUCACCUAUUGCCAUUGCCGCCACUCAAGCCGGAUGAGGCACAAUUGCCGCACUUGACGUCACUACUCGAAAAGGAGAAUCACCAACAACAGUUGCAAGCACAACAAUUGCAGCAGCAGGAAAAGUAUACACAACAGGCUUUUCAGCAGCAACAGCAUUUACAGCAACAACUGCAUCUGUCACAUCAGCAGCAGCAGUUGCAGCAAAAACAUCAGCAUCAGCAACACCAACAAUCAAUAAUACAGCAUCAGCAAGAAGUGCCGCAACAACAACAACAACACCAAUUGCCACAGUCGCAAUUUAUUUAUCCACAAGCAUCUGCACUUGCAACGUCAGCAACCUACGACCCAUACGACUAUCACCAGUCAGCUGCACAGUCGCCGGUCACGCUCACACCCCCACCAUCUCCGCCACAAUAUUCCCAGUUGCCUCCAUAUUCACAAACUGUGCAGUUGCCACCGUAUACGCAGUCGCCUGCACAAUUGCCACAGCCGCAAUUAGUGCAAUCUUCUCUAUCGCCAUCGCUGCCGGCAUCGCAGUUGCCACCACAAUACAGUCACAGCAGCAGCGCUGCAGAGCAACCACCAAAUCUGCAAUUCUACAAUUGCAACUGUCACGGUACCUAUUUGCCGUACGAGCAGCUGCCGCCAAACUAAGCGCAUAAGCAACGUCUUGCCAACACACACACACACAUAAGAUGUUGGAUGAUGAUAAUAAUGAUUUGCUGGCUGCAGCUUCCGAAAUACAACGCAAUCGCUUGUAUUUUGUCACAUUCAAGAAGAAUAUCAAACCACAGAGCACACCCAAUACACACUACUUCAGCAUAGAUGAAGAAUAUAUUUAUGAGAAUUUUUACAAUGAUUUUGGACCACUCAAUAUUUGCAUGCUAUAUAGAUACUGCCAAAAAUUAAAUUCCAAAUUGACCGCAAAAUGUCAUGCCAACAAGAAAAUAAUACACUACACAACGCUCAAUGCGUCGAAGCGUCUAAAUGCCGCCUAUUUGAUUGGCUCGUACUCGAUCAUCUACCUAAACAAAUUACCGAUGGAUGCCUAUCGGCCGCUAGUCGCUGGCGAUAUACCCGCCUACACACGUUUCUGUGAUGCCUCUUUUGGGCCAAGCGGUUAUAAGAUUUCGCUAAUUGAUUGCUUGAAUGCUGUUUACAAAUCGCUCAAAGCUGGCUUCUUCAGCUUCGACGAUUUCGAUGCGGAGGAAUAUGAAUAUUUCGAGCGUGUAGAGAAUGGCGAUUUCAAUUGGAUUGUGCCGCAAAAGUUUAUUGCCUUUUGUGGGCCGCAUCAGAAGUCGAAAACACUGCCGAACGGUUAUCCAUGUCAUUCGCCCGAACGUUAUUUUGAAUAUUUCCAUGAGAACAAUGUAACCACUGUGAUACGUUUGAAUGCGAAGGUUUAUCAUGCGUCGAGCUUCGAAAAUGCCGGAUUCGAUCAUAAGGAUCUGUUCUUCAUCGAUGGCAGCACGCCGAGUGAUUUGAUACUGAAGAAAUUCCUCACCAUAUGCGAGAAUACAAAGGGUGCUAUAGCUGUGCAUUGCAAAGCUGGUCUUGGUCGCACUGGCAGCCUUAUCGGCGCCUACAUCAUGAAGCAUUAUAACUUUACAGCGCUGGAAGCUAUCGCCUGGUUACGACUGUGUCGGCCAGGCUCAGUUAUUGGCCACCAACAACAAUGGAUGGAAGACAAACAAGCAUGGCUUUGGGCCGAAGGUGAGCGCAUGCGAAAACGUUCUGGUUCGCAGUGUCCCAUACACAAGUAUGGCAUUUACAGCAUUGCGCUGAAACAAGUCUUAUCGACCGGUGGUGUGCCACAGCUGACACAGACCAAAGAAAAUUGCGUCAAAGGUAUAUCACAAAAGGUGGAUACAAUGCACCUGCAUGAUAGCGAAGAGAUAUCCACCAAUGGCAACAUCAAAACGGGUGUAACAACGCGUGCACGUUCACCAAUUACCGCCAAUACCGUUACGAACAAUACAACAACGACUACACCAACGGUUACGACGCAUAAUCGCCGUUCCAAGGAUAAAGCCAAGGCCGAUAGUCGCAAUGCGAAUGUGAGCAGCGUCAGUGAUGAAGACACCACUAUCACAGAGGAGAAUGGCGAUGAUGAAGACACUACCGAUAAUUCCAAUGCCACUUAUAUAGCAUCAACCAGGCGACGCAAAUCACCAACGAUACAUGUUGGCACCACACUGGCCUCCGCGGCGGCGGUAAAUUCGCUGGUAGACAGUAUAAAACCGCCAACACCACCAGUACGACGCACACCACCCAUCGCUGUAAGCGAGGCUGUUACGCGUGUCUCACCCGCUGGCGGCGCUGAGCCGCUCUAUGCCGAAAAGAAACUGAAGAAACCCUGCAUUGGUUUGGAGGCAGCGCAGCGUCCGACAAUCGCAUCGACAGUGAAAAUGACGCAGGCCGCAAUUGAUAAGCAAAACUCACAGACGCAAGGCGAUAAAUUAAAUCAAAUCAAAGCAUUGCGUCGCCAACAUCAACAACAAACACACCAGCCUACAACAGUGCAACAGCUGUCACAGCAGGCGGCACCAACGAUAUUACAACAGCAGUUGACAACGCAGCAUAAUUCACGUGGCAACAACACCAACGCCAAUGCAUACUCUGUUGAUUUGGAACGCCAUAUGCGCGCCCGCUCGCAACCCUUCCGCAACAAUAUUGCCAACAUAAUGCCGAGUGUACAUGGAACUGCUGGCACAGGAGAAAUGGCGCUGCCACAUGCAUUGCGACAGGCAGAUUGUCAAAGUAUGGCCGCUGCAACGGCAGCAGCGGCGUCGGCAGCAGCUACAGCGGCAGCGGUGGCGCAUGAGGCAAUGCUCGCAGCAACGGCGGCGCUGAACAACAAAAAUCUUUACAAUUGUAAUAAUCGUUUCGUAUUUAAUACACAUUACACCAACACAAACACUAACAACCACAACCACAAUAAUAACAUUAACCACAAUCAAUAUAAUAACACACGCACUAAUAAUAACCUCAUUAACCUUCUAACAACAGCAACACACACGACAACGGUAACAACCGGAACUGGUGCACCGUGCACACGUGGUGAAGGUGGCACUGCUGUAACGACAACAACGACAACGUCGGCAACUACACUACCCGGUGGCGGUGGCAGCGUGACGACGCGUGCGCGCAGUCUGGCCAUUUAUAGCAAGAGAAUGGGUUUUAUGCACUUACGCAAAGCGGAAACACAACAACUGCAACAACAACAGCAACAGCUGAGCAAUAACAAUAGCAACAGCGCAAUUGGAAAUGUAGCCGCAAACAACAACAACACAACGGCGACGACUAGCAGCGGCUGUGCGCUGCCGCAUCAUCAUCACCACCACCAUCAUCACGAUGUCACCGCGCCUACGCUGAGCAGUCUCAAUAAGCAAACGAAAACGUACAACAACACUUUGAUUAGUUCAACAUCGAACGUCGCGACAGCCGGCAUGAAUGAGAGCAAAAUACCGGUGGUGCGCGCAAACGCGGCGCUCAUCGAUGCGAGCGGCGCGCCGACGACAACGACAGCCAGCAAUAGCAGCAGCGGUAUAGGCUCAUGUGCUACUAUACCACCAACGCGCGGCGGCGCCUCACGCGCGCCACACCAUCACAUGACAUUGCGUGGGCGCUCGCGUAUACGCUAUAAUCGCGCGGGCGCUGCGGCGAUUGGCGCGACUGUGGAGCCACCUUGCACAACUGUAACAGCGCGUUACUACCGCGACGCGUCCGCAAUACCGACCAUUUCGAGCGCAACGACUACGGCGGCUUCUACGCCACUGGACGCUGGCGGCGGCGGCGCUGGUGGCACAGGUUGUAGUGGUGGUGGUGGUGUGGGUGGCGCGCGUUCCGUUUCGGCAACACUUGAUCUAAAUUCGAAUCCAUUGCAGGGCGGCGAUGCGAGCGGCGUCAGUGCCUUUGCGCACAAUAAAGUGACACAGUCGACUUCGCUGCCAAAAUCGCAUAUUUAUUAUCAGCGACAUCAUCACCAUCAUAGUCACGGCAGUAAUGCCAAUAAGCAUAAUAUCAACUAUAUUAAUAAUAAUAAUAAUAGCAACAACAACAACAAUAAUAAUAAUAACAAUAUUAAUGUACAAAUAAAUGAAAAUUUGCGUUCCACACCGCCUCUAGAUACAAACCGGCUGAGUAGCAACAACAAUUGCGGCGCUGGCAGCGGGCGCGGCGGCGGCAGUUACGAUGCGGUCAACACAUCAGCAGCCGCCGCCAACUCAACAACAACAACAGCUGCUGCGCGCGCCUCACCCACUGGCAUCCCGACGGGCAUCACGAAACGCAACAAACGUUCACUGAGCAGCACGCGCCUCGAAAAGGACAAAUGCGAUGAGUACAACACGAAGCUGCUGCGCAAAACAGCUGGCAGCAAUGGCAAUGCGACAAUGCAGAGUAACAGCGGCAACACAUGUGCAAGUGGGAGCAAUAACGCCAACAACAACAAUAACAACAAUCAGCUAAGUGGUUGCGCCGGCGGUGGUAGUGUUGCUGCUGGCUCUGAGUUAAUUGCUGGCGGCAGCAAUCGCGCGGUGUCACAUGUUGGCGGCUAUCGCACGCGCCAUCACUUAACCAACGCAGCGCCGGCGCCAACUACCACCAACAACACCAUGCUCGAGUCAUCCACUGCUUCGUCGGCGUCGUCGACUUCCACAUCGGGCAUACCGACACCGACGGCGGCCAACACAGCGCAUGGUUUGUAUAUGCAACGCGGCAGUGGCGCGCGCUAUGCCGCAGCGGCGGUGUUGGCGGUCGAGCGCGAGCGCGAGACAAAACUGAAGCUGCGCAAGAAAAUCAGUUACUGAGUGCGGCGCAGGUGAUUUUAGUUGUUAUGUCAUUAUUUAAUACAUUUAUAUAUAAAAAAAAAAAAUAUUUAUAAAAAAAAUUAUAUAAAAAUUUUGAUGUAAACGUAUGUAAACAUAUACAUAUGCAUAUAAACUGUAAGUAAAUGCAUGCAACUAAAUAUGUAUUUGUGUGUGUAAAUGCUACAGCAAGCCAAGUGGUGGCUUGUUUACAGUGAGCAAGCUAAGUUCAUAUUAUGUAAGCGCAUCCUUUGUUGAAUAAUUUCAAAUAAUUUCUUAGACACUUUUAUGUUAAACGCACAUAACUGUCUGACUACGAUUUGAUAAACGAGCAUGCUAUGCAUUCGUGUCGACUUUUGUCGUUUUUUGUAAAUUAUUUAGCACGAGAUCUCUGUAACUCACCGCCAUUUAGGUGAGUUAACAGUUGAUGCCCCGAAAUAUAAGAGUAGCGUGUAGCUGGUCUGCAGCUACAAAAUGUGUCAUUCUCUCGAACUAGCUCUAUCUCGCUCUAACACACAUGCUGUCCGUGUUGUGCCGUCACUUGAACAAUUUGGCGAUUGUUAUUGUUUCUUUUGAGUCAAGAAUCAAGAGAAAUUAAUGCAAUCAAAGAAGGAGUAAAUGAGAAUUUUCUUAAUGCAAUCAAAAAAUAUGCAAUAUUUUAUGUAAUAAAUUUUAUUUUAAAAAUUAUAUUUUAUGCAUGUAUUUUGUUUAAAUUAAUAUUUUAUUAUAGUAUUUUAAUUACAUUAAUUAUGAAAUCAAAAAUUUUAUGCAGAUGAAGAGCAAGAAAGUUUCAGUGAAUAUUUGCGAGAACGUGAAAAAAUAUGUAGCUUUUUCUGGAUUUUUCUUUAGUGGGGUAUUCUAGUCUAGAGGCAUGAAUUUUAGAGAAUUUUAAAGUGUUCCAAAAGAAAGCAAUUCAAAUUUUUUACUAAAUAUAUUUCUAUUCAAAUUUUUAACUUUAAAGGAAUGCAGAAAAACUAAAAAAAAAUGAAAAAUUUCAAAAAUUAGCAGAAUGUGACACAAAAAUGAAGAAAAAAUGUAAAAAUUAAAAUAAACAGCUGAUAAAUUGUUCCAAAAACUUGGCACGUGACCAAAUCCUAGAUUUCAUUCUAGCAAACUAAAGUAGAAAAAAUAAUUAUGUAUAUUGAAUAAUAAUCGCAAUAUGAGUAUCUGGAACAAUGAAAAAAUUAGAAAUCUUUUUUCACAAAAUGGCGACUGUCUGAACAAAAAAACAAUUUGUGUACCAGUUCAAAAUUUUUCAGAAAUUCAAAUCAAAAAAUUUACAAAAAUUCAAAUUUUUCAAAAGUUUGCGAAUUUUUCAAAAAUUCAAAUCUUCCAAAAAUUCAAAUUUAAAAAAAUGUUCGAAUUUUUCAAAAAUUUAAAUUUUCAAAAGUUUUCGAAUUUUUCAAAAAUUUAAUUUUUCAAAAACUCAAAUUUUAAAAAAUUUUCGAAUUUCUCAAAAAUUUAAAUUUUUAAAAAAUCAAAUUUUCAAAAAUUCAAAUUUUAAAAAAUUUUCGAAUUUUUCAAAAAUAUUUAAAUAUUUAUUUAAAUUUGAGUACAUGGACGGAACCAGACAUAGAAAAGUCUAUUAAGAAGACUCUCCAUAAAUUUCAGUUUAAUCGGUGCAGUAGAAUCUGAGAAAUCGUGGGUGUGGUUUUGUUAAAGGCAGUAAAAUACGCGUUUCGCCGAGUCAGCAAAGUACCUAUACAUCCAAAAACAAUUUCAAUUUAAAAAAAAUUCUCUUGUAGCAUAUUCUUCAAUAGUUUAACUUUGAAAGUAUAAAAAAAUCCUUUUUUUUUUAUUUCUAGACAAGAAUACCCCCUUGAUAAUUGAGAGCUAAGAGAGUCAACAAUAACUUAGCAGGCUCUCAGUUCUUAGGCAUUGUUAUGAAUAUUUUUAUAAACAUUUUUGAACUAUCAUUUUUGGUACAUUAAAGAAAUUUUUUAUUUAAGCAGAUAGUGUCUUUGGAGUACUAAAGGAACUUCGGCAGUAGACAAUUUAUUCGAAAUUCAGAUUGAAACCUUCCAUUAUGUAUAUUUAUAUUUUAUAAGAAUAAAAUUAUUGUAAAUUGCAUAUCAAUUUCAUUUUUAUUUAAAGAAUUUAUUUUUUUAAUAUUCGUGACUGACUAAAGAUUUAAUUUAUAAUGCUAAAACAUCACAUCAUGAGCGCAAUGAAUAUUUUUUAGUAAUAAAAAUCAAAAGUAAUUUAAUUCAAUUGAAUUAUGUAAGGAGAAGUGCAAAUAAUUGUUGAUAUUUAAACGGAAUUCGUUUGCGGCUAUAACCACGUAAGCGGUGUCUACGCCAGUAAAGAAGUAGAAGAUUUAAACUGAAUAAUGUGAGGUUAUGUUUUUCUGAAUUUCUUAAAAUUAUUAUACAGAUUGUUAUUGAUUUGUGGAACUCAAAUCAUUAUAAAAUGCAGUAUUUACUCAAUUUGUUGUUAUUGUCGUUUUAUAUGUAUGAUAGAUGUAAAUAUGUAUGUCUCUUAUUUUCAAAUAUUUUAUAAAUAAUAAUUUUUUUAUUAAACAAUAAACCCACAUACCAAAAUAAAGUAUAAAAAUGUAUGGUUAAGAAUUUUUUAAUAUUAAAAAUUUUAUUUUUUACGAGAUUUUCUGUAAAAAAAAAUCGAGCCUUUAUUAUUACUCCAGAUAUACUCAGCUUCCCAAAUGAAGGACUGAUCUGUCAAAUUGAAGAAUUUGGUUGAAUGUUUUAAAUGAAAUGAAGCAAACCGAGGAGCACAAUUUUUAUGGACAAAAAGCUCAAAUUAAAAAGUUUUGGACUGGCAAUAAGUAGAGAGAUACUCUGAAAACCUUCCACACCGCAUUUCAACACCCUAACUUAAGAGAAAGAAUCAUUUUGACGAUUUUCUCCUCAAAAACCGGCGAUUUGGAACACAAUUUUAAUUCUCUAAAUUUCUGGGUGAAUCCAAAUUUAGUUUUCCUUUAAUAAAAAUAUGCCCCAUGCGAUUCUGCAAAUUUCUGCAUUUUUAUUUUUUCUCUACGACCAGUAGUUUAGAAGUUAUGAGCAUUUUUGUAUUCGGCGGCUGCUUGCUACAUGCUCCUGGUCGCCUGGUAGAAAUCUGAGAUUUUGGCACCAAAUUGAAUGCAAUUUUUCUGCAGCGGCGGCAGGAUGCACGAAUUUGCAGUAUACACAAAGGGGCGAAAUUGGGAACACGGAUGCAGCCAUAUGCAGUGCCCGGAAACAGGAAAAGACCCACGACCGAAAAUGGAACAACGGUACUCCACCUCCGGUCCGAAACUAAACCGUAAGUUUCAAACCGGAAACGGAAGUCCUCGACUGGAAGUUGGUUAUUUGGCCGGAAAUACAAUGGCGAUACUAUAUUUCCGGUAUUUGCGCCAGAAAAUUAAACAAUGAUUACAUCAAUUUCCGGUCACUGGGUCACUGAACGCAGUUAUUUAACUCCCCCCCGAGUACAUCCUGUCCAACUUCCGGUUAAAUAAACCACUUCCGGUCGAUAACUUCCGUUUCCGGUUUGUAACUUCCGGUUUGGCUUUGGGCCGGGAGUGGAUUUCCGUUAUUCCAUUACCGGUUGUGGGUCUUUUCCUGUUUUCGGGCAUUGCAGGGUGUUGAAAUGCCCCGUGGAAGGAAUGGUCGAGUAUCUCUCUAGUUAUUCCGAAUCCAAAACUUUUAAAUUCGAACAUUUUGUUUGUAAACGAUUAGUUUCUGAUGAUAAUAUCCAAUAUUUUUUUUAAUACAUACAUAAAUAUUUUUUUUAUUUCAAAGUAUGUAUAAAUAAUUGUUUUUUUUUAUUAAAAAUUAUACAUAUUUUUAUUUUAUUUAAAAAUAUAGAAACACUUUUUUCUAAUAAAAUAAAAAACGACAACCGCAACAGCUUGAGUAAAUAUUGCCCAAACCAAAACACAUCCACUUGCAUGUAAAUUGUUUAUAAAGCAAAAUUAGUAUAUAGAAUUGUGAAAAAUAAAUCUAAUAAUUAACUGAAAGUACCUAAUGUCUAGAAACUAACUGAAACAAAAACAUUUACAAUUUGUAGUACUAAAUAAUUAUGUAAAUAGAAAACAAAACAAAGAAGUGAAAAUAUGCCUAAGUAACUUAGAAACCACAAUAGAAAAUCAUUAUUUAAAUAAAAUAAAAGAGAUAUUAAAACUGUGCACAUGUGGAAAACAUUAUGUAUUAAAAUAAAUAAAUAUAUGUACUUAUACAUAUAAAAAACUUUUUACUAUAUUUGCAAUAUUUUGUAGUGCAAUGACAUUAUAUGUUGAAUUAAGCCGUAUACAUAUGUACAAAGUCAUGUUAAAUAUAAAUUUUUAUGUUAAUCCCUUUUAUAUAUUAUAUAUACAUAUACAUAGAAACAUGCCUGUCAUUAUUCUGUUGAUAAUAAUCAGCUGUGCAUUAUUAUCAUUAAUAUUAUCAAUUAAAUACAUAUAAAUAUAUAUUCGCAGAAUUAUCAAAAUUGUGUUUUGUAAACAAUUAUAUAUUAUUUACAUAUAUGUAUUUUAAAUGUAAUUACGAUAUAUUUUUUUCAACUUUAUACAAUGCUUAUAAUUAUACAUACAUAUGUAUGUAUCAACAAGAUUUAUUUUACUUAUAUCAAGAUAGAAUUCAGUCAAUAAACAUAUACAUACAAACACAUGCAUAAAUGUAAAACCUGUGUUUAAUAUUAUAUUAAAAUAAUAAAUAAAUUAUUUGGUAACAAAAAAAAUAA